AUGUUCGUAGGCGUCAAAGCUGUUUUCAUCGACGAGAUCAGCAUGUUAAGUUCAGCUAUUCUUCAACAAAUUAACUACCGAUUGCAGCAGAUUACUGGCAUAUACGACAAACCUUUCGGAGACAUUCACGUUAUAUUAUGUGGAGAUUUCAGACAGCUUCCACCUCAAUCCGACCGCGCCAACGGGGGACACGUAGCGUUCCUCACUUCAACCGGGUUCCGCGGUCGUCCGCCGACUCCAUGCGGCGCUGACUUGCGAUACGCUAAACUAGUGUUUCCACCGUGA